CCGCUUGCCAAAUCACUCGCUUUUUGACUGCUGCUGCUGCGUGUUGUUGUCGUGUUCUUCAGAUUGUACUUUCGUUUUCUGUGUCGUGCAAGCAAAAAAUCGCAAUUUCAACAUAAAUUUCCCGUGAAAAUCAGUGAAUUUCCUCCAAGAGGUGGUGGAAAAUAGUAGACUGAACGUGUUUCUCCGGUUUUGGAGAAUAUUGGUGCGUGAGAAGAGAAGGGAAAUGUCCAUUUGGGAAUCAGUUCAAGGAAGGAGAAUCACUAGCAUAAUCGUUUGAGGAGGAAAUUCCCGGAGGAAUCGAUCUACGGAGAAACAUUCAGACAUCUUUUUCGGGAAUAUCACAGUAAAGGAGAGCAGUCGUCAAAAUGGUUUUAGCGGAUCUCGGUCGGAAGAUUACGAAUGCUUUGCAUUCGCUCAGCAAGGCCACCAUCAUCAAUGAGGAGGUGCUGGAUUCUAUGCUGAAGGAGAUCUGUACGGCCCUGCUGGAGGCGGACGUGAACAUUCGGCUGGUGAAGAAGCUGCGGGAAAAUGUGAAGUCGGUGAUCGAUUUUGACGAGAUGGCCGGAGGAUUGAAUAAGCGGCGGAUGAUUCAAUCGGCGGUUUUUAAGGAACUGGUUAAGCUGGUCGAUCCGGGAGUAAAGCCGUAUCAACCGGUCAAGGGGCGGCCCAAUGUGAUCAUGUUCGUCGGGUUGCAGGGAUCCGGAAAGACCACCACCUGUACCAAAUUGGCCUACCACUAUCAGAAGAAAAACUGGAAGUCGUGCCUGGUCUGUGCGGAUACGUUCCGUGCCGGUGCGUACGAUCAGAUCAAACAGAACGCCACCAAGGCCCGGAUUCCGUUCUACGGAAGCUACACGGAGGUGGAUCCGGUUGUGAUCGCCCAGGAUGGCGUGGACAUGUUCAAGAAGGAGGGCUUCGAGUUCAUCAUCGUCGAUACGAGCGGUCGCCACAAGCAGGAGGAAUCCCUGUUCGAGGAGAUGUUGGCGGUGGCCACGGCCGUCAAGCCGGACAAUAUCAUCUUCGUGAUGGAUGCCACCAUUGGGCAGGCUUGCGAGGCGCAGGCCAAGGCUUUCAAGGAGAAGGUCGACAUCGGAUCGGUUAUUAUUACGAAGUUGGAUGGCCACGCCAAGGGAGGUGGUGCCCUGUCAGCUGUGGCCGCAACGAAUUCUCCGAUCAUCUUCAUCGGAACCGGUGAGCACAUCGACGAUUUGGAACCCUUCAAGACGAAACCGUUCAUCAGUAAGCUGCUGGGCAUGGGAGACAUCGAGGGUCUGAUCGACAAGGUUAACGAGCUGAAUCUGGACGACAACGAGGAACUGAUUGACAAGAUCAAACAUGGCCAGUUCACCAUCCGGGACAUGUACGAGCAGUUCCAGAACAUCAUGAAGAUGGGACCGUUCUCGCAGAUUAUGGGCAUGAUCCCCGGCUUCUCGCAAGACUUCAUGACCAAGGGCGGCGAGCAGGAAUCGAUGGCCCGCAUCAAGCGACUGAUGACCAUGAUGGACUCGAUGUCGGACGGUGAGCUGGACAACAAGGACGGUGCCAAGCUGUUCAGCAAGCAACCAACGCGGGUAAUUCGGGUGGCGCAGGGAUCCGGAGUGACGGAGCGGGAAGUGCGCGACCUGAUCUCCCAAUACACGAAGUUCGCCGCCGUCAUCAAGAAGAUGGGCGGCAUCAAGGGCCUGUUCAAGAGCGGCGAUAUGACCAAGAACGUGAACCCGACGCAGAUGGCCAAGCUCAAUCAGCAGAUGGCGAAGAUGAUUGACCCGCGGAUGUUCCAGCAGAUGGGCGGCAUGAGCGGCCUGCAGAACAUGAUGAGGCAGCUGCAGCAGGGCGCCGGCGGCCUGGGGAAUCUGAUGGGCGGAUUCGGUAAGUCUUGAAACGGGCGGCGUUUUGAGAGUGUAAGAUUGUUUAUUUCCAUUCAGCUCCUUCAGUAAGGUUUGAGUUCAUUAUUCCGGAUUAUGAAAUAGUUUAUGUUUGUUGUAAGAUGAGGAAUUCUUGAGUUUCUUGUAUUUUUUUUUUGUUUUAGAACGGCGAGAACCGGAAGAUUGUGUAUUCUCGACGUAUUAUAGGAUAAUAGAAAUAUCUAGGUCUAUCCACCAACAAUGUCUUA